GGGACCUGCACAGAGAUACACAGGAUCUGGAUUUUACUGCAGUAAAAGCCAGGAAACAGAACAACCACAGAAAAACCAGGUAGAACUGCACUGAUCUGCAGAAUAAAGAAGAAAGAAAGAGGUGAGAAAUGUGGAGACAUUAAACAACAGAAAAAGGCCAGGAAAAAAGGAGCUCAGAGUCACCCCAAGGAAAAGGAACACCCUGAAGAUGCAUUUGUCUGCUGUGCUGCUCAGCCUACUCUUACUGCAGUUUAUCUGUACAGAAGUAUACACAGAAUGUCCCACUAUUUGCUCGUGUAGUGAGAGCCAACGGACUGUUGACUGUUCCUGGAGGGGUCUUAGACACCUACCAGUGGGCCUGCAGAGAAACAUUCAGUCCCUCAACUUGACCCACAAUCGGCUAUCUGAUCUGGACCACCACCUAAGCUCCUUCACACACCUGCGCAUCCUGGACAUUUCCUACAACCGACUGCUUCACUUACCAGCCUCACUGCCUCGGGCGUUGUGGGAAAUCAAUGUAUCGGGGAACCGUCUGCGUGUACUAAACAAGGAUGACACAGCAUACCAGUGGAACCUCAGAGUUCUGGACCUGUCCAUCAACAAGUUGGAGCGUGUGGUUUUUAUCAACAACACGCUCCCUAACCUGAAGGCUCUCAAUCUCAGCCACAACAAGUUCUGGACAGUACCCACCAACAUGCCCCAAAACCUGAAUGUGGUGGAUCUAUCCCACAACAUUCUGGCUCAGAUUCUGCCGGGGUCGUUGAUUCGGCUAUCCAGGUUGACGCAAUUCUACCUACACGCAAAUCGCUUCACCACUGUCAGUGAAGGAGUGUUCGAGCAUCUGCAAGGUCUGAAGCUCAUCACUCUAGGAGACAACCCCUGGGCUUGCGAAGAAUCGGCCAAUAUCAGCCACCUGUUGGUGUGGACCAAGCACACUUCUGCCAGAGUUUUGGGCUGCCCCUGCCACACCUGGCACACCUGUGGGGAAGCUCACCUCUCUAGUACCAAGAGCUGGCACUUUGGCACGUACACAUUGUUACCAUAUAUCUUUGGAACCAAGGAGCCAAACUAUCCAUCCAUACAAGCAGUCCCCACACACUUCUGGUCCAAGACAUCACUCCUAAACACACAUCACACUGGGGAUGACCAAACGGCCUCCUAUAGCCCAGAAGAGCAUGAAUCCUUCAGGCACAAUCUCUUCUUUACCUCGACAUCAAAGGUUCCUUAUCCAGACAUCCAUACAACUACAGAAGGCCCAGUCAGGACAGGAGACUUUUUCACCACCAAUGAGAUCAUGAUCUCCACCACACGUAGGACCACCACUCUCCGAACCCGGAGCGUGAAGAGGGCCAAUCAGAACCUUGGUAGAAGCACAAGCUCAGAACGAGUGUCUGGCUUGUUCUACACAACAAUGUCCAGUACUCUCCUCCUAAUGGCCAUGAUGCAAGGUCUCUGAGGGGUCCAACAAAGUCAAAGGGUCCUUCUUCAAAACUGCUUCAUCUAAAUUUUCAAAGACACUUAAAAAGGAUAACUGUUUAGAAGAAUAUUCUCUGAAUUUUCUGUUAUUAGCAGGGUUCCCACAUUUAAUGAAUGAUUUUUUCAGAUGCUUAUGAUUACUGGAUAAGAAUUUUAAAAAUAAUAAUAAUUUUAUAGAGCCUGCACUCACAAAAGAGCAAUUUCUAUCUGAUACAAUACUUUAGAGUGGAGCAUAACUAGUAGAAAAUUUUACUUUAGAAUUUUCAAUUACUUUUCCAUUACUUUUCAUGACUCUACUUGAUGACUUUUCCAGGCCUGGAAAUCUAAAUUUUAAAGUGAUUUUCCAUGACCGUGGGAACCCUAUAUUAGUCUCGCUAACAUCUCAUACGACAUAAAAUACACAAGAAUAGUCUCACAGUAUAAGCUGGUUGAUAUGUUUAAAUGACAAGGGUGCCACAUCAUUUCAGAUUAGCAAAAUUUAUGUUUCUUUAAAAAUUAUUCUCUUUCUAUUCUAUUUAAAUGCAUAUGUCUUUGUUGUUUCUCCCAUAAAAUGUUAAUAAAACAUUUAAAAAAUAAAAUAAGUGAACAAAUUCUGUUAAUGUUAUGUGGACAAACUUUAAUUUCACAAUCUUUAAAGGAAAAAUGCCUUAGCUACCAAACAAGGAGUCAAGAGAUGUCCAGUGUGUUAUAACGGAGUACUUUUGAAUGCCUAAUUGUGUUAAGUAGUUG